UGCUUCAACACUUCCAAUGCUCUCAUCGUUCCCAAAUCACCUUCCUCAAACUCACUAGCAGCAAAUUAACGUUCCGAAUCACCAGAAUUCUCACCUUCCUUAAGAGGCCUGUUCCAUUCUCACCUAAAUUCUCACCUUCCUCAAAUUAAAUCAACUUCAGGAUAUCUAUGGAUAAUGGUGAUAAAAGUUGGAUGAAUCUCCUGAGAUGGACGGAUGAGUAUAUCCAUGGAGUGAAUGAUUUUCUUGAUAAGGCAUUUGAAUGAGCGGCCCAAGGAGAUGAAAUAUUAUGCCCUUACAAAAAGUGCAUGAAUCUCUAUUGGUAUUAUAGAAAUGUGGUGGAGGAUCAUUUGGUUGUUCAUGGAUUUGUUGAUGGUUAUACCAAAUGGGUUUUCCAUGGGGAAGAAUUUUCCUCGAGAAAUACACCUCAUUCAAGCAAUGAUGAUGAAGGUUCUACCAUGCGUGACGAUCUUGAUGGACUACUUCAUGAUACAUUUAGAAAUAUAGAGGGUCAGGCAGGGGAUGAAGAAGAAGCUGGGGAAAGACUAUAUGAAGAUGCAAAGAAGUUUUUCAAAUUGCUGGAGGAAGUAAAACAAGAGUUAUAUCUGGGGUGUGAAAAUUUUAGUAAAUUGAGUUUCACUAUUCGAUUGUACUUGCUUAAAUCAUUGCAUGGAUUGAGUAAUGUGGCUUUCUCUGAUUUGUUAGAGUUGAUCAAAGAGUCAUUUCCAUUUGCUCAGGUACCAGAAUCUUUCAACAAGACUAGAAACAUGAUAAAAGAUUUGUGUCUUAAUUAUGAAAAAAUACAUGCAUGCCCUAAUGAUUGCAUGUUAUUGCAAAAUCAAAGGGUUUCGUCAUUGACAACAAAAAGAACCUUUCAAUCUACAAGGUCAAAUGCAAAUGAAGAAUGACAAUCAGAAGGUGGAUUACCUUAUCUUUGCAAAACCAAAAGGUUUUGUCGUUGACAACAAAAACAGCCUUGAAAGCUCUAAGGUCAAAUGCAAAUGAAGAACGAUAAUCCGAAGGUGGAUCUCAAUUGCAAGAACAAGUGCAGCAAGUGCCACGGAAUUGCACCUCUUCAACAACACAAGGAGUACAUGAACAAGUGCAACAAGGGAAUAUGGAUUCUAUCACUCCUGCAUCACAGGGAGUACAUGAACGAUCUGAUGAUUCUACCACUCAUGAAGCAGUUGAACAAUUUGAGGAACAAGGCCCCUCCUCACCAAAAAGAAAAAGAGGCUGUACUCAAAUGCCAAGGGCUCGUGGUAGAAAGGAGCGCAAAAUAAUCAUUCUAAAUGAGUAUAAUCAACCCGUUGGUCCUACUAAAGAGGUUGUAAAAGGGUUGGGUAGCUUCCUCGGCACAUUGGCAAGGAGUGGGACUUUUUGUCCUUUUAAUGUAUUUAAUUGGAGGAAACUUGACACAAAAGAUGAUAUGUGGAAAUAUAUCAAGUUUGCAGUGCUUGGAGAAAGUAUAAGAAUCAAUUGAAGAUAACUCACUUCACAAUCUAUGCGAAUGAUGAGCUUCGAAUGGAGAAUAGUCCAGUAGAUAUUUCGGAAUCUCACUUUAAGGAUAUCCUUAAAUAUUGGAACUCCGAUUCUCACAAGGUAAUUACAUCCAGAAUCUCUUGUCUUGUUGUAACAUAAUUGUUUUUUGGUGCAUGAGUCAAAAGAAUCAGAGGUAAAAUAGUACCGAACAUGAAUGUCUCAGUCCUUUCAAGAAUAAACUAAUUCUACUGUUUUACUAUUGUUGUAACUAGGGGUGGGCAUAAUAUGUUUAAAGUUGUUGCCUUCUACUAUAAGUUGUGACCUAUUGCAAGUUUUUACUAUUCGAUAGAUAAAUUUUGUUAUGUGUUCUGUUACCUAUUUUGUAUCAACUUCUACUUACUAUUAGCAGUUGUUGGUGUAUACCUGUGCUUUUUGACUUUCUGUGGUUUUGUGAUUAAUACCACAUACUUUGGUUGGAAUACAUAUUGUAUUGUCCCAAGAGAAGAAAGAUGGUUUGGGACGAUGUUACUCUCCUAGGCUUUGAUUAAUCUGUUUGCCACUGCUGAAGUGUUUAGGUGUUCUGUUUGCACGUUCUCUGUGUGCUUGUUCUUUAUAGUCUAUUAUUGGUUUCAUUUGUAGUGUAGUUACCUUUGUGUUAUUGUCUGCUGAGCUUACUUCUCUGCCCAGAUUCACAUUAA